GGUAAUGACGGAGUUGGAGUCUGUUUGAGCGUCCGUUAACAGCCGGUUAUUUUGGAAAUAAUGACCCAGCAGGGGGCUGCUUUACAGAAUUAUAACAACGAACUCGUUAAAUGUAUUGAGGAGCUCUGUGCUAAAAGAGAUGAGCUGAACCAGCAGAUAUUGCAGGAGGAAGAGGAGAAAGUAAAACUUCAGAAUGAUAUUCGUAUCCUGACUGACAAACUUGCCAGAGUCAAUCAGAGUUUGGCAAAAAAGAUGGCUUCACGAAAUGAAUUUGAUAAAACUAUUGCAGAGACAGAAACUGCAUAUAUGAAGAUUUUGGAGAGCUCCCAAACGCUGCUGAAUGUACUGAAGAGGGAGACAGGGAAUCUAAGUAAAACUCCAGACCAGAGGGGCAACAUUACCCACACAUAGCAUAUGGAGAAAUUGAGGAUGCUAUUGUACAAAGACUUCAACUUAUGAACUGAGAAAUUCGUGUAAUUACAGAUAUGUAAAUUUAUGGUGUACCAAUAAAACUGUACUGUUUUAUAA